UGUGUGCUGAAAACAUGCCCAGUGUUGCUUAACAAUAAUUAUACUAAUAAUAUUUCUGUAGUGCUGCCUGCUCCAUCGCACAUCCUUGAUAGAUAGAGAAACUCAGAGACAGAGGUGAAGGGCACACAAUGACUCACCAGCAGAGCCAGAACGACCCGUCAGGAGUUCCUGGACCCCCCCACCUUGCUACCUGUGCCGCCAUUUCCCAGCUUCCUGUGGCCAGACCAAUCAAAAGUGCCACCUCGUGCCGCUCUUGGAAUGUUCACAAGCCGAGAGACCUGAUUGGUGCAAAGCACGAUAUGCUCUUCUACAAGGUUCCUGGAUCCAGUUCCCAGGCCUGGUCUGUCACUCCCCAAGCCAGCAUGGACUCUGGGCUCAUCUAACCUACGGGGAAUAUAGCAGCCUACCUACAGCAUCAGAGCUAUGUCUCUAUAACCCUGUAGUGUAGCCGCAAGCUGCAGCUACGGAAGGGGCUUUUCAUCACGCUAGGAACUCUGCCUCCCCAAGCGACAGUAGCUAAGGUGAUGGAAGCAUUCUUCAGUAGACCUAGCCACGUCUGCACCAGCGGUUAGGUCGACAUAGUUACAGCACUCAGGGGGGUGGGUUUUUCAGACUCCUGAGCACCACAGGAUUUGAUUUCCCCAAGUGGAAUGCAGCUGAGUCCCAGACUCCACCAGCAGCCCCGUGACCACCAGGCGCACAGGAAUCUGCUAAUGUUCUCUGGAAUUCGGACACUUUUUGGUUCACCCAGUUUGGGCCGCUCUCCAGCUUGUCACUCAAGUGCAGGGCACACCCCGUCAGGAGGCUAUUUAAAGAAGAGCCUGUGUGCAGCAUUCUCCAAACAGAGCAGAGAGCGAGCGAGCUGUCAGUCUGAAACCCCAUCCCUCUUGCUCAGGAUGUGUGACAGCUUUGGGAUAAUAACCCGGUCUCUGUUCCUUCUCCUCCUUGCGCCUGGCUGGGCAGAGUCACAGACGUGCUCGUACCCAUGCCAGUGCCCCUCUGAGCCGCUGCAGUGCCCUGUUGGCACCAGCCACGUGUGGGAUGCCUGCGGAUGCUGUAAGGUGUGUGCCCAGCAGCUGGGUGAGCUGUGUUCCCUUCAGACACCCUGCGAUCACCACAAGGGACUCUACUGCGACUUCUCCAAAAUCCACAGAGACGUCGGGAUCUGCUUAGCCCACGAGGGGGCCACCUGUGACCUGCUGGGAAAGAUCUAUCACAAUGGUGAGAGCUUCCAGCCCACCUGCAAGCUGCAAUGCAUCUGCAUGGACGGCGCCAUCGGCUGCAUCCCCCUGUGCUCCGAUGACCUGCGGCUCCCCUCUCCGGACUGCCCGAACCCCCGCUGGGUCAAACUCCCAACCCAGUGCUGUGAGGAGUGGAUCUGUCAAGGGGGCAGCCAGGAAACAGCCCUGGCAGUUUACAGGGAGAACCCAGUGCCCAGGCCUGAGCUGAAUGACCUCCAGGAGAACUGCCUAGUCCAGACCACCGAAUGGAGUGCCUGCUCCAAGAGCUGUGGGAUGGGCAUCUCCACCCGCGUUACCAAUGACAACCCCCAGUGCCGCCUGGAGAAGGAGAGCCGGCUCUGCAUGGUCCGGCCCUGUGACUUCCCCAGGGAGAAGAUCAUCAAGAAAGGAAAGAAGUGCGUGCGGACCCCAAAGUCCCGCCGGGGAAUCCGCUUUGAAUUCUCAGGUUGCACCAGCGCCCACUCUUAUUGGCCCAAGUUCUGUGGUAGCUGCACAGAUGGCCGCUGCUGCACACCCCACACCACCACCACUGCAGAGGUGGAGUUCAGGUGCCCGGAGGGGGACUUCUUUCAGCGUAAGAUAAUGUUCAUCAAGACGUGCUCCUGCCACCAUGACUGCCCCAGGGACAACGAUAUCUUCCUGGCUACCUACCGCAGAAGGAUGACCGGUGACCAUGUCAAGAUACAGAGGCAGUAGCCCCUCCUCUCCCUGGUCAGGCCAAUGCGUUGAGUGCUCUCAAGUCCCUGGCGAGCUGGUUCCUUUUGAGGAUGUUGAGGCAGAACGAGGCGAGCCUGGAAACAGAGAUGGGCCUGGACUGAAAUCCUGAUCCAAAUUCCCCAGACUUUGAGGCAGUUUGGAUCCGGAUCUAAGCCUUGUGGCCCAGGCCCAUUUCUAGCGGAAAGUGCAGUGGGUGAACAAUUUCUUAAAGCCCCUGCUGUGCCGGUACCUGGCAGCAAACCCAGGGCAGCAGGCAAAGGAGAGGUCCAGGAAGUCUGAAUGUAUAUCAAUGUGCUAGGCCUGUUUCCCAUUAAACAACAGACUAGGGCCCUGGUGCAUAGGCAUCUGUCUUUUUGCAAUGCAUCCCUGUAAAUGAAAGUAGUCCUGGCCCAGUGAUGGGUUAGUGCUCUGGUUGUCAGUUACUCUUGACUUAUUGACACCUGCCAUCUCUUGGUGCUGUUUGACAAAUUCUCUUUCCCUGCUCAGUGCCUCUGUUUGAUACCCUAUGUCCCAGAGCAGUCAGCAGCUCAAGAGCCCUGUGCAUCCACUAGCAUCUCUGACAUUAGCCAUUUUUCAAAAGCCAGAUGACCCUGCAUGUGCCCUGGGGUCUACUGAGAAUGGGAGAGAGAGUUACAAGGGAAACAAUGUGUUGGCCAGCUGGUUCCAUUGCAAGAGACCUAACAUUGCUGUGUGGCUUUCUUUGGAAAAUCCAUACCCAGUACGAGGCAUCUCCAUAGACGAUGGGGCUGUGGUGGGCUGUCACUAAGUUUCAGUUGUAGAGUCUUUAUUCCUGAUGGUGUGUGAACAGGAAGAACCCAGCUUAGGUCAGAUCCCAGGGAGAGUUUGAGGUGCUGGAAGGAAAAAAAAACAAUCUUUAACUGUAAACUGAGCAUAUUUGACCUGGAGUUAUUGAGACAACA